UUAUCACAAAUUUCGUAAGAGACUAUCACGAAUAUAUCAAUUUAACAAAUAAUUACGGUCAUGUAGUAAUGUCAUCGACUUGAUAAACAUUUAAUACAUAUUAAGUGACAGGCAAAUUGUAAUAUUAUUAUAAUAACCAUGCUUUACUAAUUUACAAGUUCAUUAAUAUAAGUAUUUACUGUUGAUUUAGACUGGCUGAAUGACAAUAGUCCAAGAUAAAAAAGAAAUUAAAAAAACUACAGGAACUAAAUUAAGUUGUACCUAUUUAAUUGUAGUGGUGAUCGUAUUCAAGACUGACCGCAUAAAAUGAAGAUUCUACUUAUUGUGUGUGUUAUAGUGUUAGGAAGAAUUAAUAUUAAUUGGAGCUUACCCACAGAUGACAAAAAGAAGGCCUAUUACAGAUCUCUACCAAGAGUAAAUUUUUUCAAAGCCGAUGCUAAAGAUAGUGAUGUAAUAUACACCCUAUUUAAAAACUCCUCCCCUACAGAAGGACAGAUUGUAAAUAAAGACACAUCUAACUCCAUAAUCAAGGAAAAAGACAUACCAACUGUACUAAUAAUGCACGGAUGGACUACAGAUGAUACGUCACCAUGGUACAGACCACUAAGAGAUGAAUAUUUUAAACAAGGCUCCCAUAAUAUAAUUUUUUUAAAUUGGAGUAAAGCUGGAAAUAACACUUACCAAGUGUCAAGUGCCAAUUGCAAACCUGUAGGAAAAUUCAUCGCUCAGUUUUUGAUUGCUUCAAAAGUUAAUUUGAGCAAAGUGCAUCUAAUAGGUCAUUCACUUGGAUCACAAUUAUCAUGUUAUAUAGGUCAAUUUGUAGAAGAGCUAAGCGGUAGAAAGGUAGGAAGAAUCACAGCCUUAGAUCCAGCAGGUCCAAUGUGGAUGCGUCAGGAUAUGUCUGAAAGAGAAAGACUUAGCUAUCACGAUGCUGACUUUGUUGAUGUUAUACACACAGAUAUUCAAUUUUCUGGGGUGACCACACCUAUAGGGCAUGUAGAUUUCUAUCCUAAUGAAGGUAAACACCAGCCAGGUUGUCCUUCUAGAGAAGAAGAUAGUAACUGUAGCCAUGCCAGAUCCACACUUUACUUUAUAGAAUCUGUAGCUACAAAAGCAAUUGCUAGGGAAGCAAUAUUUAUGGAAGAUGCACACUUUUCUGUUACAGUUACUCCUAAGCUAGAUGGAAAAGAAAUUGUUUUCGGACAACAUGUUGAUAAAUCUGCAAGGGGUGUUUAUUAUAUUAAAACGAAUGCUGUGAAACCAUUUUUAAUAAAACCUUGAAACGAAAAUAAAAAAUAGAAAUGUUUAAAUAUUA